AUGGCAGAUAACAGGGUCCAACAACCCACGCAGGCCGAGCUCUCGACGCAGAUCGCUGAACUUCAGGCCAAAGUCCAUAGACUGGCCGAACUGUCUUCCAAAAAUCAAAAUGGAAAAAACGUCGAAGGAGAUCCCAAGGGGUCGAACUCUUCAAACGCACAACAUAACUCCACGGAGCCACACGAGACUAUUCCACCAAAGGAGAAGCUCACACUCGACAAUCUUUUCUCUGAAGGCGUAAUGAGUUUCCAGAUGUUGAAGAAUUUUGUGCUGCCAGCUGGACUCAAACUAUACGAAGGAUUCGGUGACCCCCGAGUCCACAUCAAAAAGUUCCAAUCUAUGAUAUUUUUCAAUGGUGCCUUUGACCCUGUUCUCUGUCGAUCUUUUUCAACUUAUUUAGAUAGUGCUGCUUUACUUUGGUUUUCUAAGGUUCCUGCAGGUUCUAUCACUUGCUUUGAGGAGUUGGCGAGAUCCUUUAUUGACUAUUUUGCAGCUUCUAGAAUAUAUGUUCACGGGUCGGACUACCUCAGCACCAUUAAACAAGGUCCUCAAGAAAGCCUAAAGGACUACAUGACGAGGUUUGCCAAGGCAACCAUGGAAAUUCCAGACCUCGACCCCAAGGUGCAUCUCCACGUACUAAAGAACGGCCUCAGGCCAGGCAAGUUCCAAGUGAUGAUAGUCGUAACAAAACCCAAAACACUAGAAAAGUUCCAUGAAAGGGCGGCCGGUCAAAUGGAGAUAGAAGAGCUCCGAGAAGCUAGAAGAGUGGACAAGCAAACGCAUAGGCGCGACGAAGAAAAAUCCUCCAAAAGCACACGGGACAGACACUUCAAAAGGCCGUUUAAGCUUAACCCAAAGUUCGACACUUACACCAAAUUCAACACAAAGAGAGAAAAUAUAAUAAAGGAAAUCCUCCAUGCCAAACUAAUCAAGCCGCCUACCCGAGAAGGAAAUUAUCAAGACCAAAGGUUCGUGGACAGAAGCAAGCAUUGCUCCUUUCACCAGAAAUAUGAACACACCACUUACGAGUGCGUAGUGGCCAAAGACCGAUUGGAGAGACUGGCCCGACAAGGUCUCCUAGACAAUUAUAUCGAAGGACGUAAGACCAAAGAGGCCAGUUCUGGGUGA